ACCACAUCCACCCUCUCUCUCAUCGCCACACAGAUCCCAUAAUACCAGUAGUAUAAGAAUACCCGUCCUAUAUUCCAAAUCCCACUCCCAUCCUAUUCCCCUCUCCCCCCGCCAAAAAACAUCCCUUUAUCAAAUAUGCCCACCCCCAACCUCCAAAACCAAGAUCUCCCUCGAGACCUCAACCAAGAACAAGAUCCAACCUUCCCCCCCUGCGAAUUCACCCACCCCUGCCCCUCAAGCACCGAACCCAACAACCCCCGCCGAAAAGUCAUCUCCCACAUCUUCGGCCGCAACAAGACCGCCACGAAGCGCUUCCCGUCCCACCUCUGGGUCCACUACUGUCGCCAGCACUACCAGCGCGCGCGGUACCGCAUCGACUGGCCCUUCACACAAUGCGAGCUGCUAACGGUCGUGCUCGGCCGGAUGGAGAAAUGGGGCGGAGUAAAGGGGUGGGAGGUUGUGCUGAGGAAGAGGGAGUUGGAGAGGUUGACAUCCUAUAAUACAUGUGAGGAUGGAGCUAUCGUCGUCGACGACCAGAGGCGAAGUGAAGGUGGUGGAGGUUAUGGGCGGCGUAAGGAUUCUGUUUGUGAGAACGAGGGGAGGACCCUCUCGUCUGCAUCUUCGUCUUCGCUGUCGUUGUAUUCGGAUGAUCCUGACCCCGAUCUUGUGUUUGCUCGGAAGGAGGCUAGGUCGAAGAAGCGGAAGAAACCGACUAUCUUGGUUGGUCCGGUGCCUGGGUGGUUGCUUGGGGAGGUUGGACGGGGGAAGUCGUUUGCGGAUUUGAAGGGUUUGGUGAGUCGGGUUCGGGGGGAGAUGGAUUCUUUGAGGGCUGCGGGGGUUGCGGCGGAGAGGAUUGUGUUUCCGGACAUUGAGCUUUUGCCGACGUUUCAGCCUUGGGUUUUGGCGUCGGUGAAGAAGAGGAGAAGAACGAGAGGAGGUGGAGAGAGGAAGAAUUCGAGGACUGAUGGGAAAGGGGGUGUGCGGAGGGUUGAGGGGGGCGGGGGGGUUGUCAUUUGAUUUGAUUCUUCAUUGUGGUGAUGAUAUAGGGCUGGAUUUUUGCACUCUGGGUUAGUUUUGUGCGUGAUAAAUUGGAGUCAGUAUGUUAUUCUUCAAUGGUGA